UGAUCUCAAAGGGUGAGCGAUGCACGGCUCGGUUUAUAGUUGCGGAAUACCGUCGUCAACUUCCCUUCCACCCUCCCGUUGCCCGCUAUCUUUCCUCUCGCAGGUUUCACCGAUUACCACCCGCCUUCUGUGGCCGUCCUCGUCCAUCGAGGUAUAUACGAGAGAAGAAGCAUAGUCUUCGUUACACUCUCAAACUCCCCCACCCUUAAAGAUCACGGUCGCAGGUUCACCCUGUCUCGUUGUCCUCCGUUCGUACUCGCUCCUCGUUGGCUCGUCGUCCUUUUCUCGCCGCCUUGUUCCUCGUGUUUUCCCUCUUGCUCGAUCGCGAACGUCUUCCCUUCGGCUGUCUUCGUCCAGCGCGCAAAGCCGCUCGCUUCAACAACCCCCGACGUGGCGCGUUUUUGCGACUCGCGCAUCCGGGGUUGCGAUUCGAGAGGGUAGAGAAGCGCCGCGUUGGUGGGGAUACGUGCCGCGCGGUGGGGAUCGCGAACGCCAGGGUGGGGGAUGUUUGACUACAGUGAGCGCGACUCGAUUGUCAGUUAGUAUUGGGUUAGGUCAGCCCAGAGCAACGUCGUCGAUCGUCGUCGUUACUCGUGGUCGGACGGCGACGUUUGUUGUUUAUAGUAGAGUAGUAACACGUUUUGCGUACUUUGUUUCCUUCUUUCGUUUUAUUUAAUACUUUUUUCGGUUGCUUCGCUCGGAACUCGUGCCACGGAGACGCGAAUCGACGCACAUUCGUAUAAAAAUCAAACCAGAGAGGUUUCGGUGAUUCCCGCGUGGUUGGUUCUCUCUCUCUCUCUCUCUCUCUCUCUCUCUCUCUCUCUCUCUCUCUCACACACUCCCUCUCUACGGAUCGACUUAUCGGAGAGAAAGUUCGAAAAGAGAGAAACGGAUAGAUAGGCACGCAGGCUUUCCGGUUCGAUUCGACCACGCUGUUUUGUGCAGUGCCGCGUCAAUAAGAGCGUUACCCGCGUAACGUCUUCGUUUACGUUCUCGUCUAUACGGAAGUGUUCGCAUUGUGCACCGAAGUGGAUGGAGUGUCAAAGUGAAAACUCGCAGUACGGAUCGUAGAAUGGCACUGUCUUAUCUCCAAGAGGCGCAGAUUAACGCAGGACUCUUGACCAGCCAACAUCUCGACAUGAAGCAAGAUUCUGAAAAGCAGUCGCUCUCUCCUCCGUUGAACAAUAACACGUCGCCAGUGAUGUUCCCUGGAAUGGGUAGCACCGCCGCGGGUCUGUCGAUGCUCACCCCGCAGCAGCUUUUGGCGGCCAGUCGAACCGCGGCCUUGAUGGCCGCAGGAAUCCCCGUGUCGUUGCAUGCCACUUUGGCGGCUAGCCCGUCCUUGUACAGACAUCAUCAGACACUGUUCGGAGGCUGGGCGCCACCAGCCGCGUCCUCGCCACCCUCGCCGGUUCACCACUCGCCCGGACCAGUGUCGCCGGCGUUGAGCACCAAGUCCACCUCCAGACGAACCAACACCACCGCUACCAACAACAAUAACAAUAACAACGUGGUCAGCAGCAGCGGAGAUCGAAUCUCGAAGAAGAACCAGCAAGCGACCAAGAGGAAAGCCACAAAGUCGAAGGCGGAGAGCGUGCAAACAGCGGUGGAGGGUUCGGCUCCUCUCAGUCCACCCACUUCGGUCAGCCCCGAGGCGGGCAAAGACGGAAGAGACAAGGUGUUCACCUGCGGUGUCUGCUCGAGAUCGUUCGGUUACAAGCACGUGUUGCAGAAUCAUGAACGCACUCACACCGGCGAGAAACCGUUCGAGUGUCCGGAAUGUCAUAAAAGAUUCACGCGGGACCACCAUCUUAAAACCCACAUGCGAUUACACACGGGCGAGAAACCGUACCAUUGCAGCCACUGCGACCGGCACUUUGUCCAGGUAGCGAAUCUACGUCGGCAUUUACGCGUGCACACCGGUGAACGUCCGUACGCCUGCGAGCUGUGCUCGGCCAAGUUCAGCGAUUCGAAUCAGCUGAAAGCUCAUCUGCUGAUACACAAGGGCGAGAAACCGUUCGAGUGCGAGCACUGUCAGAUGCGAUUCAGACGGAGGCACCACCUGAUGCAUCACAAGUGCGGCACCGGGGCGAACGCCGCGGGCCAAAUACCCAGGUCGCAAGUCCCCUCGCCGUCGUUGGCGAGCGACGACCUGGACGAGGACAUCGACAUCGACAUCGACGUGGAGAUGGAGGAGCCCGAGAGCACCGCGUUGCCAGCCAGAAAAACGAUGACGCCGGUCAGACCGGCGCAUCGUCAGCUCCCAAGCCCCGUGGUGGGCACCUCGAUGCCGAUGCCGUUGAAUCUGUCCGGUAUUCCGGUAGAUCUGCCGGAACAGACGGAACCGGAGGACCUCUCGAUGUCCACCGGCAUGCACAGGCCGCAUUCGCACUCGCACAGCAGCGGCGACUCGCCGAUGAGCCGUAGCCCCAGCAGCGACACCAUCCACGAGGAGGACGAGGAGGAGCUGCUGGACGUCUCGGAAGCCAGUCCGAGCAGCCUUUUCCUUCAAAAUCAUCGCAACCAAUACGUUCAUCACCUCGCGUCCCUUGGAAACCCGACCGCGACCAAUGUCGGCCACGCGUCCUAGUGGAGUCUCGAGGGGUACGUAGAAGAUACAGCUACGUAAAGAGAAAACAAUACAAAACAAAGCAAACCCUGUACUUUCACACACUCGGUUCGACGCGUCUACCCAAGGAACAGCGGAUAUCGCUCCAACGUUGGAACGAACCAGGGGGAACAAAAAUGGGCAUAUCGUUGGAAAUAAUUCACGUUUGUUUGGGUAGUAGGCUCUCGAA